CACGGGGCUCAUCGCAGCUCAGGUGGUGCACACGCUAUGAGGCUUCAGCCACCAUCUCUUGUCCAUCCUACAGCGUGGAUAUCCUGCAGCCACCCACCAAGGCCUCGAUCACGGGUCGUCAUCGUUGAGAACCAGGGCAUCGCCAUCAUACCACCACAGCAGUUACACAACCUUAUUGACUUCCCUGCAAAAUCGUUCGACUUUUCCAUUUUGGAGCUUAGGCAGCCGAAUAAAGACGGACAGGGUUGUCAUUAGGUAAUCUGUUCAUCCGGUUUGGUAGUUACUUGAAUUCCAUUUUAUAGUUUCUGAAUUAUAUUUUGACACCCCACUCAGACUUUUCCCCUGCCCACUA